AUGGCAGUCUCGGCAGACUCCACGGCUGGCAGCAGCAGCCUGCGCACCAAGCUAGCCACCGUGCUCCCCGCAGGCUGCCACUUUCGCUUCCACCAUCUCUCGACGCCGCCCUUGCAGACGGAUGCGCUCUACUCCGCGCCUCCAGACGAGCGGCCUGACCGAACAUAUUGCGAGAAGCACUUCCUGACCGUGUCCGUCAAGGCCAAUGCCGCCUCUGCUUCCUCGGAUUCUCAAGCUGGUCUAGCCCCCAAGCACGUCUUGGUCUUGGGCCUAGAAAUCUUCGUAUAUACGACUGCCUACGUCACUACCCUCUUCGUCUCAAAGGCCGACUCGACCGGCUUUCUCUGCCUCCUCGGCCUGGCCCCGGGAACCCCGAGCCCCAUCCGACAAGUCUGCGCCGGUUUCAUCGGGCACCUUGUGGAGACGAGGCGGCGCAGGGGCGUACAGCUCGUCGUGAGCUUGUUUGCUCGUGCCCAGGACCAAUAUCUCUUUCCAGGAAGCGUCAAGCACAGCGGCAAGCACGUUCUCGAUGACCGGGGCCUCGUUAAGUGGUGGUGUAGUGUGCUCGAUCCCCUCCUCACGUCCUCCCCGGUCGGCGAUGCAGCCCCGCCAUGGAGGAGCGUCAAAGGCUACUUGGUGAUCCCCGGGCUCGAUGCUCACGAGACUCGUGCUUUCAUCCCUCGCUCUUCGGCUGCCGCCUCUUCUUGGUUCCUCGGCCAUCCCCUCGAGCGCAUUUCGCACUACUACCGAGAGUUCGAUUGGGUGCCCCCACGAUGCCUGAUACCCCGAUUUCCCGACGAUCCCAAGUCCCGAUUCCGCGACGAGCUUGACGAGGAGGCGGCUCAAUCCGGCUCGAUGCAGACGCUGGGCACCUGGAAGAGCGUCAAGACCCUCGACACCUUCUGGGAGGUCAUGGGCUUCCGCCAAGAAUGCUCGAGCGGGAGGAUGACUGGCUUCAUAUGGAUCGUGUUUGACGACAACGCCGACAGGACCGAGGCUCCGCGCGGCACUGCAGAGUCAGCUCUUGAACCGCCUGAAACACCCCUGAAGAAGAGGACGAGCGUUGACGUGACGCCAAAUACAACACCGAGGAAGUUGUUUCCAUCCAAGGCUGAUUCUGCCGCCAGGGAGCCGCCCAAGUCGACCAGUGACAAGAAGAAAGGCAAGAAACAAAAGAAGCAGUUGAAGGGACAAAUCACGUCCCGCCGGCCGCGCGUCAAGACUGAACAGCGAAACUAUCUCCUUGACCGGCCGACGUCGAGUAAGUACUAUUUCUGGCCACCUGAAGGCCGGGGCGAGAGGAUUGUCGACGAGAGCGGCUACAGACGGACCGUGGAGCUACUUUUACACCUCGACUUUGCCACCCUGGACAAGGCCACGGGCAGCUCCAGGCGCUGGAUUAGCGAGGCGGGAACGGGUAGCCUUUGGGGUCUCGAGGUGACGGGAACCAGGGAGCCGUCAUCCUUUUCCCAGGAUAGCGCAGCCGGCCAGACGUCUACCCAGGCAAACAACUUGUCCGGACUCGUUAAGAGGAAGAGAACAGACACGACCGAAAGCGGGACCCGGCCAGUCAAGGGUUGGGAGACCAACAAGUCGGGAGCGGAGCAGGGCCAGGAGAAGCAGCCUGCGGUCAACACGCUGGGUUCCGGGUUGGUGAGGAAGAAGCCAAAGGCGUGA